AAGAAGAAGAGGAUAGAGAGAGAGAGAGAGAGAGAGAGAGAGAGAGAGAUGAGUGUGGGUGGGAGUGAAGGGGAAACUUUAGAGUAUACGCCAACAUGGGUGGUGGCUGGUGUGUGCACCGUCUUCGUUGCCAUUUCUUUGGGCGUUGAAAGGCUUCUUCACUUUCUUGGAAAUUAUCUCAAAAGAAAACAGCAGAAGCCACUUUAUGAAGCUCUUCAGAAAGUUAAAGAAGAAUUGAUGCUAUUGGGUUUUAUAUCACUAUUGCUGACGGUGUUUCAAGGUGCAAUCUCCAAAUUCUGCAUUCCUGAGGAUCUUGUGAAUUCUAUGCUUCCUUGUAAACGCCCUGAAGCUGAUUCAUCUGAGAGUGAGCAUUCUAAUGCUACUACUACAACAUCACAUUUUCAGAGGUCAUUCACUCCUGUUACCGGCAUGACUAGGCAUCUUCUUUCUGAAGGAUCUUCAUCUGGUUAUUGUGCUAAGAAGAAUAAGGUCCCAUUGUUGUCAGUUGAAGCUUUGCAUCAUCUCCAUAUCUUUAUCUUUGUGCUAGCCAUUGUCCAUGUGACUUUUUGUCUUCUAACGGUUAUUUUUGGAGGAGCAAAGAUACGCCAAUGGAAACACUGGGAGGACUCGAUUGCCAAACAAAAGCUUGACUCAGAGGAAGUUUUGAAGAAAAAAGUCACCAAUGUCCACCAACAUACUUUUAUCAGAGAGCAUUUCCUUGGAAUUGGUAAAGAUUCAGUUAUCCUGGGAUGGGUGCAUUCUUUUUUCAAGCAAUUCUAUGCGUCUGUCAACAAAACAGACUAUGUGACACUUCGACUAGGUUUCAUCAUGACUCAUUGCAGGGGAAGCCCAAACUUUAAUUUCCACAAAUACAUGAUACGUGCCCUUGAAGAUGAUUUUAAGAGAGUGGUUGGUAUAAGCUGGUAUCUUUGGAUAUUUGUGGUCCUAUUCUUGCUGUUGAAUGUUAAUGGUUGGCAUACGUACUUCUGGAUAGCAUUCAUCCCUUUCAUUCUUUUACUUGCUGUGGGUACUAAGCUGGAGCAUGUCAUCACCCAAUUGGCUCAUGAGGUUGCUGAGAAACAUGUUGCCAUCGAAGGGGAGUUAGUGGUUCAACCAUCGGAUGAGCACUUUUGGUUCAAUCGACCCAAUAUGGUCCUUAUCUUAAUCCAUUUUAUCCUAUUCCAAAAUUCCUUUGAGAUUGCAUUUUUCUUUUGGAUAUGGGUUCAAUAUGGCUUCGACUCCUGCAUCAUGGGACACGUUUUUUAUAUUGUACCACGGCUUGUAAUUGGGGUAAUCAUCCAGGUUCUUUGUAGUUACAGCACCCUGCCACUUUAUGCCAUUGUCACACAGAUGGGAUCUUCUUUCAAGAAGGCAAUAUUUGAUGAGCAUGUGCAAGCAGGCAUAAUCGGGUGGGCUGAAAAGGUGAAGAGAAAGAAAGGCUUAAGAGCAGCAGGUGGAGAGGAGUCUACUCAAGCAAGUUCCCAUGCUGGAAUUCAGUUAGGAAAAUUUAAGCGCAAUGCAGCUGCAACAGAGGAGAUUCCACCUUCUGAUGGGUCAAAAUGAGCAGCAGGAUGAGGGUCAGGCUUCUGGCUUUUAUUCAUAUCUUGUUACAGAAGUAUUUAUAUAAUAUAUAGCUGGUGAUAACAAUGGCAUUUGCUUGUGCCUUGGGAUUGUACUCUGUUUUUCAAAGAAACCAUUGUGGAUACUUUUUACCAUCUAUAAGGCAAAGUUGUGCUUGACCUGUUUA